AUGCGUUUCUCUUCUGCAGUUUUGUCAUUUCUGGCUCUGGGUACUUCUGUUCUGGCCCACGCCGGCGGACACAUCAGCCGUCGCGAGAUCAGUCGUCGCUCACUCAUGGGCCUUCAGUGCCGUGACAACGUUGCGAAGUUCCACGAACGACGCAUCAAGCGUAACGUUGAACGUCGCUGGCAUGGACACAACACCACCUGGUCUAUUCACACUGAAGCCCCUUUCUACGAGACCAUUCAAAAUGACACCUGUGUUCUGACUCCCGAGGUCACUCAGGGACCUUAUGUCUACCCUCCCUCGCAGACUCUGCGCCAGGACAUGACCGAGGGCCAGGAGGGUGUUCCUCUGUGGUUGGAUAUUGGUGUCCUUAACAUGGCCACCUGCGAGCCUCUAGAAGAUGUCCUAAUCAAUAUGUGGCACUGCAACGCUACAGGAUCUUACUCCAGUUUCACAGGUCUUUCUCCCGACACCCCCUUCCCGGAGCUUCUCAAGCAGCUGCAUAUCAAUGAGUCCGACUUCCAGGUCGGUGUUACUGAUCUGCACACCGACAAGACAACUUUCUUGCGUGGCAUGUGGCCCACCGACAAGAACGGUAUAAUGGAGAUGAAGACCAUCUUCCCUGGCUUCUACGUUCAACGUUCCAUUCACAUCCAUGUCCAGGUGUACUCUGACUGGACUCUACGUGAGAACGGCACCAUCAUCACCGGUAACAAGGUCAGCACCGGCCAGCUCUACUUUGAGGAAGCUCUCGAGGAGAAGAUCAUGGCUCUGGAGCCCUAUGCUUCCCACACCGCAAUCAACCGCACCACGAACGCCGAGGACUCCGUUUUCCCUUACGACACCGCUGGUGGCUACAGCCCCAUCGUUGAUGUUGUUCCCGUUGACGGCAAGGAUGUCACUAAGGGUAUGAUUGGAUACGUUACCCUGGGUGUUGACACCACUGCUCUUGAGUAUGGUGACAACUACGUCGGUGUCUCUUAA